UGUGCUACGCUGAACUUGGAUCAAUGAUUGGCAAAUCUGGCGGUAGUUACACUUACCUUCGUAUGGGCUUGGGGAAUCCCCUUGCAUUUGUCUACGCAUUAAAUAUCAUAUGUGCCCUGACCCCUGCCUCACUAGUUGUCAUGCUGCUCACCUUCUCCAAGUACCUGGUCGCUCUGCUCCCCACCUGUGACUCACCUGAGUACCUGGAGAAACUUAUCGCUGCUGUUGCUUUAGUAUUGCUGAUAUUAGUCAACGGCUACAGCACGAGACUAGCAUCCCACGUGACUGUGCUGACGACGGUGUGUAAAGUGGCGACACUUCUGAUCAUCAUUGUUGGUGGCGUCGUGGUCAUGUGUCAAGGCACCACGAGUGAGCUGCACACCGCCUUUGAUGACACAUCCACUGAUCCCUCGUCUCUGGCCAUGGCACUGUACAGCGCUCUGUGGGCGACCAGCGGAGGGGAAACUCUCAACAUGCUGGUGGAGGAGGUCAAGAAACCGUCAAGAAACGUUCCUUUGGCCGCCAUAUUGGGCAUCCUUGUGGUCAUCGUGGUCUACACACUGACCAACGUCUCCUAUCUGGCCGUCAUGACCAAAGAUGAAAUGUUAAAUGCCCAGGCUGUCGCUGUGGUUUUCGGUGAUCGAGUUCUCGGCCCUGCGGCUAUAAUUAUUCCCCUUGCGGUGAUGUUGGCAACCUUGGGGUCGGCAAACAACGUCAUUCUAGGCGGCAACAGGUUGAUUUACACCGCUGCCCGGGACAAAAACUUCCCAGAAUUUUUCAGCUACAUCCAGAUCCAUCAGCUGACGCCACUCUCGGCCAUGACGCUGACGGCAGCCCUGGCUCUGAUCUACCUGGCUCCAUCAGACGUUGGCUCUCUCAUCAACUACCUGGGGUUCUUAGUUUCGUUCUUCAAUGCCUGCGUGUAUCUGGCCAUGCUGAGGUUCAGGCUGCACACGAUGAAGAAUGUGCGGGGGACUGUACGGGUACCACUGGUCAUCCCUAUCCUAAUGCUACUGACCAACCUGUACCUGUUCAUCUCGCCACUGGCCAUCAACCCCAAGCUGGAGUACGUCUAUGUGGCGGCGGGCGGGCUGGGCGUGGGGGCGGCCCUCUACAUACCAUUCAUACAUUUACGUUUAUCUUUUCCGUUUUACGAUCAACUUGCCAGAUACGGUCAGCUGUUGUUUUGUAGGAGGAAGUCAAGCACUGAGGUGGGGGUAGAGAAGGUGGAACUGAAACGACAGAUGGGUCUGGUGGUCGCUUCGUCCAUCGUGGUGGGCUCCAUCAUCGGUUCUGGUAUCUUUAUCUCACCUAAAGGCGUGCUGGCAGCGUCAGGCUCUGUGGGUCUGUGUUUGUUAGUCUGGGUGGUGGCUGGAGUCAUCGCCCUUGGCAGUGCACUGUGUUACGCUGAACUCGGCUCUACCAUCGGCAAAUCUGGCGGAGGAUACACAUAUCUUCGUAUGGGCUUGGGAAACCCUCUGGCCUUUGUCUACGCUUUAAAUAUUAUAUGUGUCGUGACCCCCGCCUCACUGGUCGUCAUGUUGCUCACCUUCUCCAAGUACCUGGUCACCCUGUUCCCCACCUGUGACUCACCUGAGUACCUGGAGAAACUCAUCGCUGCCGUCGCUUUAGUAAUGCUGAUAGCGGUCAACGGCUACAGUACGAAGUUAGCAUCCCACGUGACUGUGCUGACGACGGUGUGUAAAGUGGCGACACUUCUGAUCAUCAUUGUUGGUGGCGUCGUGGUCAUGUGUCAAGGCACCACGAGUGAGCUGGACACAGGAUUCUCUGGAACCUCCAAUGAACCCACGUCUUUGGCUAUGGCACUGUACAGUGCUCUAUGGGCAACUAGUGGAGGAGAAAAUCUGAACAUGCUGGUGGAGGAGGUUAAGAACCCGUCCAGGAACAUCCCCCGGGCCGCCAUAUUGGGCAUCCUUGUGGUCAUCGUGGUCUACACACUGACCAACGUCUCCUAUCUGGCCGUCAUGACCAAAGAUGAAAUGUUAAAUGCCCAGGCAGUCGCUGUGGUUUUCGGUGAUCGAGUUCUCGGCCCUGCUGCUAUAAUUAUUCCCCUUGCGGUAAUAGUUGCAUGUUUAGGGUCAUCUAACAACAGCAUCUUCAACGGCAACAGAUUGAUUUACGCUGCUGCCCGGGACAAAAACUUCCCAGAAUUUUUCAGCUACAUCCAGAUCCAUCAGCUGACGCCACUCUCGGCCAUGACGCUGACGGCGGUCCUAGCUCUGAUCUUCCUGGCUCCAUCAGACGUUGGCUCUCUCAUCAACUACCUGGGGUUCCUGUUCGCGUUCUUUGAAUCGUGCGUGUUCCUGGCGAUGCUGAGAUUCAGACUGCAGACGAUGAAACACGUGCGGGGAACUGUACGGGUACCACUAGUCAUCCCUAUCCUAAUGCUACUGACCAACCUGUACCUGUUCAUCUCGCCACUGGCCAUCAACCCCAAGCUGGAGUACGUCUACUUGGCGGCGGGCGGGCUGGGCGUUGGGGCGGCCCUAUACAUACCAUUUGUACAUUUCCGGUUAACGUUUCCGUUCUACGAUCGACUGGUCACAUACGGUCAGUUGUUGUUACGUGUAUGUCCACCACCCAAGUUUAUUGAAUAAAGAUUUUAAACCUAAAA